AUGCUUGGAAGCACAUCUCAGCCGUCUUCGGGCGAUAGUGGUUUCCCUUCCCUGGAGACCCCGCGCGUCCUGAAUGCCAGUGCGCUUUCCAUCACCGCGCUUUCUCGGUUUGAAUUCGAAGCUGGUAAAGGGAAUGAAGGAACAAAAAUUUUGAUGGUCGAGUGGGAAGACGACGAUAGUCGAUCGCCUCAGGGCUCUUGGCAUGUUUCAUGGGAGGGCAAGACUUCCGUUCUACCAGCAGAUGAACAGACAAGCGAGAACACGCGACGAUUCUACUUCCUGUUGCCUCCUGGUGUAACCAUUCCUCCAGUUAUAAGCUUGAGCUACGUGCAACCGCCUAGCUCUGCAGCAACCGUCAAACAACCGGAAUCAAUUCAAAUCAACCCGCUGCCAGCCAUCUUCCCGCCUGAACUGGGCGCUACGGCCCGAACAGCAGGAAAGAAAGGAGUUUUGCACACUAUUUGGGCGAAGAAGAGGCUCCAGGCUUUGGAGAAGGAAAUUAAGGAUGAGUCCAUGAAUAAUGCCGAAGGCAUUGCUCUGCAGAUGGCCAUACAGGAAAAGGAAUGGAUUGAGGCAAACUUCGGCGUGUCAAUUGUACCAUCUACACUCGAUCUCUCGUCGAUUUCGCCGGCCGCGUCAUCUUCUUCGUUCCCUUCAUUAACGCCUAUCUCACCAACCUCUGGAACUAGACUAGGUGAGAAGCUCAAAGGACUGAAAUUGGAAACGAGCAAAAGAGACCUCGGGAAAUGGGUAGAAGGUCAUGACAACCAUCCCGAAAGCGAUGGGCAGUCCCAUCCGCUAUCACCUGAGUCCUCGGAUAUAGCCGUUUCCUCAUUCAAUGCCUUUCGCACCACAUCCGUACCUGUUGCAGAUGGUAGACGUAUGGUAGCUCAUCAGCCACCGUCAUACAUCCAAAAAGCACAAAACAAUAACAGCGAGAUUCCUUUCAUGGAUCCGGUAACUCGCACGAGAAGCACUGAUUCUGGUGAUGGAUUGUUUGCGAAAGCCUUGAGCCCGCGAACACCAGACCUACCUCGAAGUCCUUUUUCGUUUUCGCCGACAGAGCCGAUUGUAUGCAUCGAAAAAUGA